AUGCUGCCUUUGUUUAUUUUAGCUGGCCGAAAUGACCCAUUUAUCCCACUUCUACGCGUGAGCUUUGACACUUACAAUCUGUUUCAUCGAUGGUUUGGCCGUAUCGUGGCGAUUGAAAGUGUCGUCCAUACUGUCGCAUGGGUAGUCAAUGCAUUUGACGAGGGUGGUCAGUCUGGUAUGCUCGAACGCCUUCGCACGACACCGUUUUUCACUUGGGGCAUGGUUGGGACUGCUGCCAUGCUCUUUCUCUGCCUGCACUCACCUUCUCCAAUCCGUCAUGCAUUUUAUGAAACCUUUCUGCACUUGCACCAGCUUGCAGCCUGCUUGACCCUUCUUUGCGUCUUCCUGCACCUGGAUCUGGAUGGGCUCCCUAUGAGAACUUGGACGGUAGCCGCUACCGCUAUAUGGUUUCUCGAACGAUUCGCCCGUCUCACCUGCUUGAUCCACUUGAACUUUUCGCUUAAUGAAGGCACAACAAAGCUAGUCAUUGAAGCUCUCCCUGGCGAGGCCUGCAGAGUCACAUUCCACCUACCGAAACGAGUCCUGCUUAGGCCGGGUAGCCACGUAUAUGCUUACAUCCCAAUCAUCUCGCUAUGGAUGUCACAUCCUUUCUCCGUCGCUUGGGUCGAGUCAAGCACCCGUGCGAUUGCCUGUGAAUCAGCGGGAAUGCAUCUGAAAGCUCGCUCAAUAAACGCAUCGAGUCUCGAGAAGCAGGCAAUAGUGGAUUUUGAAAAGCACUCUCCUCGUGACUCUCAGCUGACGUCUGUGUCCCUUAUUGUGUGUGCUCGUCGGGGUAUGACGCGCAAGUUGUAUAACAAGGCCGCCGUAGCGCCAGGACAAACCCUCUACACAUCGGGCUUUAUAGAAGGCCCGUACACCUGUCAUACCUCCGAUGCAGGGAGUUAUGGUACCGUCAUACUAUUCUCAGCUGGCGCAGGUAUCACGCAUCACAUGCUGUUAACGCGCGAUCUGAUCAUCCGCGCCUAUGAACGCCGGGCAGCAACACGGCGCGUCUGCCUCAUCUGGUCCGUCCGUAACACGGAAUAUCUCACCUGGGUACGAACUUGGAUGAACCAGAUCCUCCAGCUCCCUUCCCGCCGUGAGAUCCUCACGACUCUACUGUUCGUUUCCAAGCCCAGAAAUAGCGAAGAAAUUGUUUCGCCUAGUUCCACCGUCAAGAUAUUUCCCGGGCGAUGCUGUCCGAAUGUUAUUUUAGACCAGGUGCUUCCCGAGCGAGUGGGCGCCACCCUAAUCUCGGUAUGCGGCCCCGGCGCCUUUGCGGAUGAAGUGCGGGUCGCCGCUCGAAUGAAGACGGGAAGAGGCAUAUUUCUUGAUUUUGUCGAGGAAGCUUUUACGUGGUAA